AUGGCUGGGUCUCCUGGCGCCCGUGCCGUCCGCGCCCGGUGGCGCGGGCCGGUCGGCGUGGCACUCGCAGUCGGCGCGGUGGGCGCCUUCGUCCCGGGGUUCUUCAGCGAUCUGAAAGCAGAGGUGGAGAGCGGUGGUGGGCAAAUGGUCACCGGCUAUGUUGCGAAGAGAGAUUUCAUGAACCAGAAGCUCUUCGACGGUGUGGAGGACCUCCCACGCGAAGUCAGCGAAGUCCAAGCCAUUGCCAUCGUCCCCAGUUUGAGACAGCUGCGUCGCAGCCUGCUUGAGAGUUCGGCGGGCGGUCUCCAUGCCUGGACCAAUGGUGCCUUUGUGCCAGUUGACUCCGAGCCACCGGCUGAACGUACACUUGUUGCCAUCGAAACGAUGACCAAUGGCGAUGAUCUCCGAGAGAAGCUGCUGCAGAUGGACUUUGCCUUGCGUGUGAUUGAGAAUAACGCACUGAUGGCCCAGGAGGCCCGGAAGCUGCCGCGCUGUGGUUUGAUCCUUUUCAGCGGCAGCUUGGAGAGCUUCUCCACCGUGCUCGAAAAGACUUCGCCUGAUGAUCCAACUUUCACAGAGAAAGUUUACCUCCAGCAUGUUUCAAAGAAGGACGCCGCUGACCGAGAGGAGGAGCGCCUGAUGGAGUUGAAGCGGCGAUGGGCUGAGCUGGCCCUGCCUCCAGAGACCUUCAAAGGUCUUUAG